CUGUUGUCACCAUCAAUGUUGAACCGAAAGAAGAUGAACGUUGGGCUAAUGCUGGUGAUAUCGCUGAAUUCCACUGUCGUUUAGAUGGAAGAGACCAAGGCAAUCAGUUGACAGAUUGGUAUUUUAUUCCAGAAGGUGGUGAUCGAGAGAUUGCUUUACCUGAUGAUGUUAAAAUUGAACGACCAGAUGCUACACCAUCAACAACAUUUUUAAGUAUACUGAAUGUUCAAAAAUAUCAUGAAGGGGAGUAUGUUUGUAGAGCGUUGAAUUUAAAAGAUUCUGCUAAAUUGAGAGUAAAAACAAGAG